AUGACCACUCUGCCGUCUUUCGUCGAGCUCAUGGCCUCCCUCGGUCUCGAGAACACUCCUGCAGAUAGCAAGGAGGGUCGCUCUCCACAUCUCACCCAUUCCCGUUCUUCUUCGCAUUCCUCUACUAGUUCUACUCUUUCACAGUCAAGUGGUAGCUCAGUUGAGCCAAACAGCGACGGCGACUAUGACAUGGACGGGCCUCCGUAUAUUGUCGUAUCGUCUUCGAAUCAAACAGUCCCGAGGGAUGUCGAGCUGGAUAGAAAGCGUCAUCGCGUGCGAUACUCACCCUACAUGCCUGCUAUUUCGCACAUCCGGAGAAGCAGCUUGCCCAACGCGAGCCCGGAUAAUCUUCAGAAUCAACCGCCGCGGGUCAGUGAAUUCAUUUGGGCGUCGUGCCUAGCGUUGCUGAUUGUCUCGAGGCAGGCGCUUUCGUCGUCUCCCUGUGCGUCGUCGCCUCUCCGGGGACUGGUACACCGCACAUCAAAGAGCACCUUGAGCAGCCGGGUCGAGAAGAAACUGACACUCGACGCGGAUCUCAUCGCCAACACGCCAAUCUCGACCUUUGUUCGCUUGAGGAGUCCGCAGUCCUCCCCGAUCUCCCCCACGUUCCCGGCACGCCAACGGCGUGCAACAGCCCCAUCACUGGCUGUGCCCGUAUCUAUCCCAACACUUCCGAAAUUUUGUUUUCCCGCCAAGCCCUCCGAAUCUGUUUCGUCGACAACAUCCGACACCGACGAAGACGUCUCAGACGCGCCUUCGCUCUCUGCUUCUGCUCGGCGGCAUCGCCAGCGACAUGCCCCGGGAGUUCAACGGGCCUCCUCUCACAGCGCCCUCAAGGAACUCGCCGAUGCAGCAAGCCAACGCCACCAUAUCUCCUGA